AUGGGUCUGCAAAAACCAACCUACAAUCACGUUAAUCACCUUAUUAGCCAGAUUGUGUCCUCUAUCACUGCUUCCCUCAGAUUCGAUGGAGCCCUGAAUGUUGAUCUGACAGAAUUCCAGACCAACCUGGUGCCCUAUCCCCACAUCCACUUCCCUCUGGCCACAUAUGCCCCAGUCAUCUCUGCUGAGAAAGCCUACCAUGAACAGCUUACUGUAGCAGAGAUCACCAAUGCUUGCUUUGAGCCAGCCAACCAGAUGGUGAAAUGUGACCCUCGCCAUGGUAAAUACAUGGCUUGCUGCCUGUUGUACCAUGGUGAUGUGGUUCCCAAAGAUGUCAAUGCUGCUAUUGCCACCAUUAAGACCAAGCGCAGCAUCCAGUUUGUAGAUUGGUGCCCCACAUUGGGUGCCAGAAAUGUCCCAUCCUGCAGGACAGCUUAUAUUUCCAAAAUGCUAGGGCUUCUUCUCUGGCGGUAUUCCUGGACCUCUGAGGGACCCUCUGCUAAUGAACAACUGGGUCCCCAAUAG